AUGGACGCCCUCCUCUCUGAGAUUGCUACUAAACGAAAGGCUAUCAAUGAAGGUCCUCAACGGCCAACCAAAUACAUGCGUAGGGGAGAUAUUGAAAAGCUCAAGCAAGAGGAAGCACGGGCCGCAUCCGCUCAAAUAAAUCCCGACUCAGAGCCUACAGUUUCAAAAACACUCAAAGUCCCUUCUAGAGAGGCCACCAAUUCGCCACUGGACACAGAAGAACCCAAGUCGGAGACUUUCAAUAUUUCCAACGAGGAAACUAUCCGCCGCCUCCGCUCAAAAUGCCAGCCCAUCCGUUUAUUUGGCGAAUCAGAUAAAGAACGUCGCCUGCGACUCCGUGCUCUUGAGUUGAUCGAAGAGAGGGAUCACGACAGGCAUGGCGGCCAGAACGACUUCAAGAAAGCCCUCGAAGACGUUGAAAAUGUUGAGCGAGAAAUGCGUGCCAAGAACACUAAAGGGAAAAAACGCGAUACUAUCGAGCAACCAGUCGUUAUAAUCGACUUGGCUCUCGUCAAAACAGACCCUGACAAGUUGUAUCCUCUCAUUUACUUCGCAUUAAAGCGAACGCUGCGGGAAUGGGGAGAAGCCAUGGAAGAGCGUCCAGAGAGUGUUAAAGCCACAACCCAGGGCAGACUUGCAGCUGCAACUCAAGUCCAAUCAGCCGAGUAUCUCAAGCCAUUAUUCAAACAGCUAAAAGCCCGUGCGCUUCCUGCUGACGUUUUGGGGAGAAUGGCAGAAAUUGUCCAUCACAUGCAAAAACGACAAUAUCAACGCGCCAACGACGCAUAUCUUCGUCUCUCUAUUGGCAACGCUCCAUGGCCCAUAGGUGUUACCAUGGUUGGUAUCCACGAGCGUUCGGCACGAGAAAAGAUAUCGACUGACCAAGUUGCUCAUGUUCUCAACGACGAAGUUAGUCGAAAAUAUAUUCAAAGCUUGAAACGUCUUUUGACUUUCUCUCAAACCAAGUAUCCUCCAGAUGACAUCUCUCAGCUGAUGGGUUGA